AGGAAACAUGGAAAUAAUUGUAAUGGAACACCAAAAACAAAUUAUUUCGGAUGGAUUAAAGAAAAACAAAAAAGAUACUACAAAGAUUGCAAUAAUGAUGCAUGAUCUGCUUACAAAGAUUUCAAAAGAUUUAGAAA